CUACAACAGCGUCACAUAUCCAAGAAACCUCUGUAGACAUCAAGAGGCUUCAACGUAUUGUGAUACUGCUUGUAAAAACUGUGAUUAGCGAAGAUCUAUUGGACUUACAUUUAAACAGCUGAUGAAUAAAAAAAUAUAUCGGAUUAUCGCGCAUAACCUGUUAUCAAGUGGUGAAAAUGGCUGUGGGAUACAAAUGCUGCCCUACUGAAUGGCAAGUACAUUCUUUUGUUUUAUUCCUAUCAGUGAUACCAGUGGUUAUUGGAGAAAUUAGUUAUUCUAUUCCUGAAGAAAUGAAACGAGGAUCUGUGAUUGGGAGUUUAGCAAAUGAUUUGGGAUUAGAUAUUAAAAAACUGGCAGCACGCAGGGCCCGUAUAGAUUUUCAAGGAAGCAGACGCUACUGCGACAUUAAUCUAGAUACUGGUGAUUUCAUUGUUCAGGAAAGGAUAGACAGAGAAGAGCUUUGCGGAUCAACGUCUUCCUGUGUUUUACAUGUUGAGUUUGUUCUUGAAAAUCCCUUGGAGUUACACAAUGUUGCAUUAAAUAUUGAAGAUAUAAACGACAAUGCUCCCAGUUUUCCAAAGGAUGUUAUAAAAUUGGAAAUACGCGAGUCAGCAAAUAAGGGAGCUCGAUUCCCACUAGACCGGGCACACGACCCAGAUAUUGGAAUUAACUCGGUGCAAAACUACAUGCUUGCUUCUAAUGAACAUUUUCUUUUACAUGUUUACACUAGUAGUGAACGAGGUAAAUAUGGGGAGAUUGUUCUAGAAAAUGAUUUGGAUCGAGAAAUGCAGCAACAGCAUUCUUUAUUACUGACAGCGAUUGAUGGGGGAACACCACAGAAAUCUGGAACGGUCUUAAUUGAUAUUACUGUUCUGGAUGCCAACGAUAACGUUCCUUUAUUUUCUGAAACACUUUACAAAGUGAGACUUACAGAAAAUUCUCCACCAGACACAUUAGUAGUUACAGUGAGCGCGACUGAUAAAGACGAGGGAGCAAACGGAGAAGUAACAUUUGAAUUCAGUCAUAUUUCUGAGAAAGCCAGGCCAUUAUUUAGCAUAGACCCCAGAACAGGAAACAUCAAAGUUGUAGGGGAAAUUGACUUUGAAGAAGCUACAUACCACGAAAUCGAAGUUCAAGCAAAAGACGGAGCUGGCCUGGCUGGGCAUUGCAAAGUGCUUGUUGAGAUUACUGAUAUAAACGAUAAUGCCCCAGUGAUAACUAUGAAAUCUCUAUUUAACCCUAUCCCAGAAAACUCUCCACCGGGAACUGAAGUAGCUAUUAUAAAUGUCCAGGAUCAAGAUUCGGGAGAGAACAGUAAGGUUCUUUGUUUCAUUUCAGAAGACGUCCCUUUCAAAUUACGAUCUUCAAUCAGAAACUAUUACUCUCUGGAAACAAAGACUGCUCUAGACCGCGAAGAAGUGUCUGAAUUCAAUAUAACCAUUACUGCCACAGAUAAAGGGUUCCCAACUCUCUCCUCCAGUUCAAACAUACAAUUUACAAUUUCGGAUAUAAAUGACAAUUCGCCAAUAUUUAAUCAGUCAUCUUACAGUACAUAUGUUAUGGAAAAUAACACACCUGGGUCGCCCAUUUGCUCUGUUCUGGCAAGAGACCCAGACUGGAAACAAAACGGCACUGUUUCAUAUUCCUUACUGUCCAGCGAUGUCCAUGGGAUUCCCUUGUCCUCGUGCAUAUCCAUUAACCCAGACAGUGGGACGAUUCACGCAGUGCGUUCUUUUGAUUACGAACAGUUUCGGCAUUUCCAGUUUCAUGUUCUUGCUAAAGACAGCGGUUCACCUCCACUUAGUAGCAACGUGACCGUGAAUAUCUUCAUAACAGAUCAAAACGACAACUCUCCGCAAAUACUGUACCCAGGUCAAUCGGAGAGCUCUUUCAUGACCGAGGUGAUGCCCAAAUCUGUCCAUAAAGGUUAUCUGGUUUCAAAGGUAGUAGCUGUCGAUGCAGACUCUGGACAGAACGCGUGGUUGUCAUACCAAAUGCUAAAAGCUACUGAUCCAGGACUUUUCACCAUCUGUCUCCACAGUGGAGAAAUAAGGGCAUUGCGUGAUAUAUCUGAGGUAGAUGCGAUUCAACAAAGACUGAUCAUCUUUGUCAAGGACAACGGUCAACCCUCUUACUCAGCAACAUGUACUGUUAAUUUAUUAGUUUCAGACAAUAUGUCAAAAGAUGUAUAUAAAUUCAAAGAUCUCUCUAAGCAAACAGGAACUACAACAAACCUGACAGCGUACUUAGUAAUCUCUUUAGCUGCGGUGUCCUUCCUAUUUUUAGUCUUCAUAAUUAUUAUUUUGGCUGUCAGGUUUUGGCGAAAAAGAAAAUCCAGGUUGUUGUUUGAUGGUCCAAAUGCUAUUCCUCGAUCAUAUUUCCCCCCGAACUACGCAGAGGUUGAGGGCUCUGGUACUCUCCGUCAAUCAUACAACUAUGACGUGUGCUUGACAGCAGGUUCCAGCACCAACGACUUCAAGUUUGUUAGGCCUUACUGUGAACAAACAUUACCACUUGACCACAAUACAAAAAUACUUGCAAACUUCUCAGAUGAAAAUACGGAUAGAGGAACAGAAGCGGCCUGUCAGUUACGGCAUUUCCAGUUUCAUGUUCUUGCUAAAGACAGCGGUUCACCUCCACUUAGUAGCAACAUGACUGUGAAUAACUUCAUAACAGAACAAAACGACAACUCUCCGCAAAUUCUGUACUCUGGGCAGUCAGAUAGCUCUUCCAUGACCGAGGUGAUGGCCAAAUCUGUCCACAAAGUUUCAGACAACGUGUCAGAAGAUAUAUCAGAGAUCAAAGAUCAAUCUAAACAAGCAGAAAAAAUAGAUAGAGAAGAGUUGUGUAAGCAUAUGCCUUCCUGCAUCCUGCCGUUUGAGGUUGUGUUAGAAACCCCACUUGAAAUCCACAGCAUUGCUGUCGAGAUUCUGGAUAUAAAUGACAAUGCUCCAAGCUUCCCAGCACAAUCAGUGACGUUGGAAAUUAGCGAGUCAGCUUUGCCUGGAACUGUAAUCGCUAUUUUGAACAUCCAUGACCUGGAUUCAGGUGAAAACGGCCAAGUCAUUAUUCACUGCAUCUGUAAUGACCCAGACUCGUGUGAAAAUGCACACCUCUCCUACUCUCUGGUAGAUACUCAUUAUCAAGGAAUGCCUGUAUCAUCAGUGCAAUCUUUCGAUUACGAGAAGCUAAAAGAAUUACAAAUUCAAGUUAAAGCACAAGAUCGUGGUUCUCCGCCUCUAAGCAGUAAUGCGACCUUGAACAUUUUUAUACAAGACCAGAACGACAAUGCCUCAAAGGUGUUGUAUCCAGUGCAAGAGGAUGGCUCUUCAGUGACAGAAAUAGAGCCCCGUUCCGCGCUGCAGUGUCUCGUCAACAAGGUUGUAGCUGUCGAUGCUGACUCGGGGCAGAAUUCGUGGCUUACGUAUCAGUUGUUGAAGGCAACAGAACCGGGGCUUUUCACUGUUGGAGUUCACAACGGAGAAGUUAAGACAGUACGUCACAUUCUUGACAAAGACGUCAUAAAACAAAGGUUGGUUGUCCUAGUAAUGGACAACGGACAACCGCCUCUGUCUGCCUCGGUAAUCUUUAAUGUUGCGGUUUCAAACAACUUGCCCGGUGCUUUGUCAGAAAUGCUUUUUUCUGAGGAAUCAGAACACAGAACGGACUUCACAUUCUAUUUAAUUAUAGCACCGGCUUCAGUGUCAUCUCUUUUUCUGCUUUCAGUGGUAUUGAUGGUCUCUUUAAAGUUCUGCCAGACCACGCACUUUGGGUUGUUUGACCUGGCAAGUGCGACACUUCCUGCAAUCCCCGGUUCAUAUGCAUCACCCAGUUAUGCCGGGGCAGAGGGUCGCCAAAUAUACAGCUACGAGUUCUGUUUAGCAAGCGACUUUAGAAAAGAAGAGCUGAGUUUCCUUGAGCUUUACAUUCAAGGGCACCUGAAUCAAAACGCCAGCAGUAAAAAGAGCUCUGGGACAUUGUUGCAUGAACAGGACACUGGCAUCAUGGAGAAGGGGCUUGAGGUCUCCAUGUGA